UGAGUUUUAGAGGCGACACGGCGGCUUCAGCCGAUUUCUUCCCCUUCCUUUGCCUCCCCAUGGAUAUGCACUGCAAGGCAGACCCCUUCUCAGCAAUGCACCGGCACGGGGGUGUGAACCAGCUCGGGGGGGUGUUUGUGAACGGCAGGCCCUUACCUGACGUGGUGAGACAAAGGAUAGUGGAGCUGGCUCACCAGGGGGUGCGACCCUGUGACAUUUCCAGGCAGCUGCGGGUCAGCCACGGCUGUGUCAGCAAGAUCCUGGGCAGGUAUUACGAGACGGGGAGCAUCAAGCCCGGCGUGAUCGGCGGCUCCAAGCCCAAAGUAGCGACCCCCAAAGUAGUGGAUAAAAUCGCCGAGUACAAGAGACAAAACCCCACCAUGUUCGCUUGGGAGAUUCGGGACAGGCUACUGGCCGAGGGCAUCUGCGACAACGACACGGUUCCCAGCGUCUCCUCCAUAAACAGGAUUAUCAGAACCAAAGUUCAGCAACCUUUCCACCCAACACCAGACGGGAGUGGGACAGGUGUGGCUGCGCCAGGACAUACUAUCGUGCCCAGCACAGCAUCCCCUCCCGUCUCCAGUGCCUCCAAUGAUCCAGUGGGCUCUUACUCCAUUAACGGGAUCCUGGGGAUUCCUCGGUCGAAUGGCGAGAAGAGGAAACGUGAUGAAGAUGUAUCCGAGGGCUCCGUUCCCAACGGAGACUCCCAGAGCAGCGUGGACAGUUUGCGGAAGCACCUUCGUGGCGACACUUUCACCCAGCAGCAGCUGGAGGCUUUAGAUCGAGUUUUUGAGCGUCCUUCUUACCCUGACGUCUUUCAAACAUCAGAGCACAUCAAAUCUGAGCAGGGUAAUGAGUACUCCCUCCCAGCUCUGACCCCUGGUCUCGAUGAAGUCAAAUCAAGUCUAUCCACCUCUGCUAACCCAGACCUGGGGACAAAUGUGUCAGGACCCCAGACGUACCCUGUGGUGACCGGAAACACUUCCCUCUGCAAGGGGGGCAAAGCCAGCAGGAGAGCACCACUGCCCUUCCUUCACGGAAUGCAGAUUCCCUUAGCUGGAUUGAAAGAAAACCUCUCCUCUCCCCUCAGUAUAAAGCAAGAGCCUCAUGGAGCCUCUCUCACCCCUUUCACCCCCACCACGCCGGUCGGCUCUGGGCAGGCUGAGCUUCAGCCCUUCCACAUGACCCUUUCAGACGAUGCGUCCACGCCUUGCUACAGUGCCUUCCUUCAUCAUGGUGCCCACUUUGGGCAGUCCAGCAGCCAGCCUCUGAUAGCAGGUCGUGAUAUGGCAAGCACCACCUUGCCUGGCUACCCACCCCAUGUUCCCCCAACUGGACAAGGCAGCUACCCAACCUCAACUCUGGCAGGAAUGGUUCCUGGGAGCGAGUUCUCAGGGAACCCCUACAGCCACCCUCAGUACACAACCUACAAUGAGGCCUGGCGGUUCAGCAACCCUGCAUUACUAAUGCCACAUCCCGGGGCUCCGCACCUCCCACUGCUGCCGCUGCCUAUGACCGCCACUAGCUACCAUGGAAACCACAUGAAACUGCAGGGUGACAGCUUAGGCCUCCAUAUUGUACCUGUCUGACCCAUCCCUCCGCCCCUGGGAAGGUGAAGAGAGCCUCGCCGUGCCCCCCCGCAGCACACCUCCCUCUCCACCGCUCCGAGCGCUCGGCAUACCAGACUGAGAACCCCGUUCUCCCCGCAUCCCCCCGCACCCUGAGGCACCUCAGGAGCCCUCAACAGCACCUCGGCACAGCUCGACCUCCUGCGCUCCCAAGACUUGAGGGGAACUGGCAGCCAUUGCCUUGCGGGACCCCAUUCUCCUGGGAGCGGUAUGGGCAGGGGGAAGCAGGGAGACAGCUGCUCACUAAACACUGAUCCCCAAAGAUACGCUCCUCUGUGGUGAACUCUUCAGAAUGCGUAACCGGUGACCGUCGCCCUGUUUCCCAGGACAGAAGGAACAGCCUGGCUAGAGCAGAGACGGUGGCACUAAGCCCUGCCUACCUGGCAAACACGAGAAGGACCAAGUGACUUUCUGUUACUCCCCACGCACCUCAUCCCACCCCCUGGCAUGGCUCCUGGCGCUGGCUGCGCCCUGCGCGGUGCCCUCGAGGCCAGAGCUGGGCAGAACCUCACUCACACCCACAACUUCUGUGACACACAAUCAGCUCAGACAGGAGGAUGGAGCAACAAUUACAAACCGACCGACGAAAUGAAGAAAUAUAUAAAUAGAUAUAUAAAUAUA